AUGGGCUGGCGUGCAGCUGUGGCGUCUCAGUCGGUCCGUCCUACUGUUUUCAAGCACGCGCGCUCUCACCUACUCAAAACCUGCGUCGCUGUCGCUUGUGUCAGCCGCAGCGCCUGUGUGGGUGCGUGUGUGGUGUUUUGCCCCGCCUCUCCCUUCUUCACGCCACUGGUUGUUGCACCAGCGCGCGGUAUGCUCCUUCACAGCGCGACGCGCUUUGCACGGGUGUACGGUGGCGGGGCCACUUCUGCCUUCGCCCCGGGUAGCAGUUGCUCCUCGACUGCCUCUGCCGGCGCCGACUUGUCGACGGCUGCCAGCACCAUCCACCCCAGCAGUCGAUCCAUCCGUGCCAAGGCGCUUCUCGGACGCAAGGCACGCCAGGGUACCCUCUUUGCGAUCGCCAACGAUGUCAGCAUGAGUGAACAGCGUAUUCGGCAGCAGCUUAACGCUCUGCUAGCCGACGAGCGAGACCCCCUGGCUGAGGCUCGUCGCCAAAACGCUGCAGGAAGCGCUGCGCUGUCGGGUCGUCCGCUUCCGCAACGGCGGCUGGUGAACCUGCCAGGAGUCGAGCGGGUCCGCGACCUCCCUGCUGACCCGAUCACGCGCCUCUUUUUCCAGCACCAAGGCGACCACGCGCUGUACUACGGCACCUACGAUCAGCCCAGUCAACUCGAUGAGGACCGUGUGCAGCUAGAAAAGCGCGAGCCGAAGGAUUGGACCUUUAACGUCAUUACCCCCAUGUACGACUUCUGUCACCGUCUGCGCGAGGCAUCGGAGCAGCGUAAGCGCUUUGUGAUCGUGCCCUCGACGAUCGAGACACGCGGGUGUGCGAAGGUGUUGCUCGAUCACGGACUCGUCGCUGGUUUUCGCGACUUCAACAACGACCGUGCUUUCGCUGUCGAGCUGAAGUACUUCCAAAAUGAGCCCACAAUCAAUGUCGUUGAGCCUUGCAGCUACGAUGGCAAGACAGAGUUCGAGUGGUCACCCAAGAUGAUGAGGCGUCUCCUGAACACGCACGGCAUCCAUAACCGACUCAUCAUCUACAUCUGCCGCACCGCAGACAACCGCAUCAUCGACCACAUCCAAGCAGUGAAAGAGUGUAUCGGUGGACGUGGCUUGAUGAUGGCUCACUAA